AUGUCGCUCGAGGAUGUACAGACCGCGCAAAACGCCCUUCGAGCGGCUAUCUACAAUCUCAAGGCGACGUACGGUAACCGUGUGAAGCAACACCAAGAGGCUGUAGCGAACAUGCGUGCGAACGAGAACGGAGGUCCCGGUGGCCCGCAGUUUGGCCAACAAGCACAGACCCAACAGCAGCAGAUGCAGCAAGUUCAACAACACAUGUUGGGGCAGCAGCCACAACAGUCUCAACAAGCCAUGGCAGCGAUGUCGCUUUUGAAUGCCAACGGAGGGCUUGCAGGGCCUCAACUCGGGCAACCACGGCCUCCAAGCCAGCCUCAAUAUGGGUCACCCAAGCCUGAGCCUGGCAAAGUCCCUAUGAACAUGAUGCAAGCUCACCAAGGGCAACAACAAGGGAAAGCCCUCCAAAUGGCCAAGCCUCAACGCAAACCGGGCGCGCCUGUCAACACGCCUUCACCUGCCGCCGCUCCUACACCUCAGAUGGAGUCUGCUCCGACGCCUUCGUCCGCCAACGAGCCUGCUACUCCCAAGUCACCGAAGAACAAGAACAAGGCUACUGCUGGCCCUAGCUCUAUCCCUGCCAUCAAGCGCACGCCGACUCAGGCGAAGAAGAAGCCCGGGAAGAUCGACUUGCCCCCUCCCGUCAUCUCUGGGUUCAACCAGCCUGUCAAGCGUCAGCGUGAAGACGACGUCCCGCCCGCCGCAGAGCCUAUUAUACCCAUCGCAGGCCCGUCGUCGCCCAAGCGGGUCAAACCGAGUUCGAAUCUGUCGUGCCGAUCAAGACUGAAAGUUGCGCCCAACCCCAAUGGGGACGGAAUCGAUCCUGACAUCCUCGCUCAACUCAGCGAGAUCUUGGAAGGCUCCGCAAACGUCGCUCCUCUUGCGUCGUCAUUGGCGCCGUCGCUCGAUCAACCACCGGACGCUGGUCCCAAGGUCGAGGACGUGUUCGACUUCUCAUACUACCUCAAUGACAACCUCGGCGAUGACGAGGCCUUGGUCGCGGGAACUUCGGGUGUUGACCCCCUUGAAGCUGACACGCCCGAUUUAAACACGAACAAAGAAACGCCCGAUUCUGCAGCUGACGAUAUUGAACACCUGGGUCAGAAGAGUCCGGGAAAGGGGGAACAGCUGUCGGCGGGGGAAGGUGGGGGUAAAAACCCUGCUGGCAGCCGAGCUCCCACACUCGGCGAGGGUUUUUGGGAGGCGUUCGACGACGGGGAAAUGCCUGAAGGCGCGUACUUCAUGGGUGGCGGUGCGAACGGCUUCAGCUGGAGCGGCCCUAUCGAUACGAGCGCGUCCUGGAUUGGGAUUACGGGCACCGCGGCAUGA